AUGAAGUCGAUAUGCCUACUCCUUGCACUUCUACCCGCCUUGGUUCUCGCUCAAGACCCUGGCUAUUCGUGCGACCCCUCAACUUGCAGACUACCGACGUGUCAAUGCGCAAGUACUAGCCCUCCAGGUGGUCUGAGUCCCGUAGGUCUUGUCCCGUCUCCGGCUUCUUCUUUGAUCGCUGUGAGGACUAUUGGUAGCGGGGUCAGCUGGAUUCGCUCGAUCAUCGGACCCAUAUUCCUUGACCGCAUUCUUCUCGUUCUCAGCGAAACACCUCAGUUCAUCGUCUUCACGGCUGAUGAUGCCAUUCAAUCAUACACACUCGAUGCAGUCAAUCAAUUCCUCGCCCAUCGGCGCAACCCUAAUGGAUGUGCCCCCAAGAUGACCUACUUCACAUCGCUCGGUUUCACCAAUUAUACUUUAGUGACCGACUGGUAUGCUGCUGGCAAUGAGAUUGCGGACCACACGAUGACUCAUGUGGGAUCACCUUCGGUUGAAGAGAUCAAUGGAAAUCUCAUCACGCUCAACGCCCUCGGAGGCGUCCCCUUGAGCGCCAUCAAAGGAUUCCGCGCGCCCUACCUGGACUUUACGCCCGAAACGCUCAGGAUAUUGCAAGAUUCGGGAUUUCUUUACGAUUCGAGCGCAAGCACGACCACACCUGUGACAGAUCCCAACACUGAUGCAUAUUGGCCAUACACCCUCGAUAACGGACUGGCGAACAAUUGUAUGACGACUCCUGGUGUAUGCAAUGGACAGCCGAAGCUACCUGGGUUGUGGGAGAUCCCGAUGUAUGCGUUUUUCGAUGACCGAGGCGUUAGAGGUCCCCACUUGAUGGAUCCAUGGCUUGAUCGAGCAAAUGGAAACAACGCCCCAGAUGAUGCGGCCACGCUUCGUUUCAUGCAGCGGACGUUCACUGAUCAUUACAGCGGCAACAAGCAGCCUAUCGGGUUGUACACACAUCCCAUCCAUGUAUCACUUUCGUACCCCGGUGUGACUGUCAGUCGUAGCACGAUUGAUAUGAUCAACAGGUUCCUCGACUGGGCGCAAGAGGAACAUGAUAAUGUAUGGAUUGUGUCGAAUGAGCAACUGCUGGAUUGGGUCCGCAACCCUGUCCCGGCUUCUCAAGUUGGAUCGCUUCCUUCAUUCCAAUGUGAACCGGUUCGGCCUCAGCGAUCGCAGCAAAUCUGCAACGGCAUCCCAGGAAAUCAAGAUGGAUUGUUGGCUAGAUGUGGAUUCAGCGAGUUCCCCUUCUUCACCUGCUAUGGAUGUCCAUCUACUCUGCCCACGCCGAUGAACCCCAACCCCGCUCAAGCUGCCGGUCAACCCGUCCGAUAUCGCGUUCCCGCGAACUGCUCAACUACCUUCUGGGACCCAAUUGAAGGACGGUGCACGUGCACCUCGGGCGACUGCGCCUUCUCUGACGUUGAGCGUAACAUUGGCCCUGAUGGAACACCGUACGUCGGAGGUGGUACUGGCGGAGGUCCUAUGUUUGGGCCCCGUUUGCCUUCUGGGACCGGACUCUACGACGAGCCUGCCAUGCCGACGGACGACACCAUCUCCUCUGCCAAUCUUGUCACACCCUCGCUCCUUUCGACUUCGAUUUUCUUGACCUCGAUGUUCUCAGCAUUGGCCUACGUUUGGUGA